AUGAUUGGUUUGCAAAUGGAUCCAAUAUGUCCAUUUCGUGGCAACGCGGAAGACAAUUCCGAGGCCUGGACUUUUCAGGAACGUCUCGUAUCACGCCGCGUGCUGGUAUUUACAGCAAACGACCUUGCGUGGGAAUGCAACACGAUGCUGACUUGCGAAUGUAAAAGAAACGACAUGGAUACUUCAAUCAAGUCAGAUUACAGCAAGACACUUGAGGGCACAACCUCCAAGUGGUACAAGAAGAAGCAGGUCACCGCUAGAGAAGACUUGUGGUGGACUCUCAUUGAGCAAUAUUCGCGGCUCGGAAUCAUAAACGCCACUGACAAGUUGCCUGCUGUUGCUGCCAUUGCUCAACAAUUACACAUGACCUCGCGACAGGAUGAGACGUAUUAUGCAGGCCUCUGGUCCGGCUCACUCUUUCAAGAUAUGCUUUGGGUCUCUGAUGCCCAAGACUAUCAGAAUCGCGCUGCCCGACCGAAGAAUCCAGAUGCGAAUGGAGUCAAGUGGUGGCCAUCUCCAACUUGGUCAUGGGCUUCCGGUGAAGAUCCUGUCAAGUUCCUCGGAACUACAUACGAUAUUAAACCAAACGUGAAGCCGGUGGCUGAGCUGAUGGAACUCGAGUGCCGCAAUUCGGAUGGCGAAGCUUUUAUGCGACCAGACGAAUCUACCUGCUUCCUUACACUGCGUGGCAAGACUGCUCAUGCAAAACUCCAAAAGACUCUGAGGGGGGCAACACAUGUCUUAUUUACCGUGCAAGUAGGAGACACAGGCAGUAGAAGCACCAUUGCUUACAACAGAAAAACUGAUGACGAUGCAAAUCUUGAGGGCAUCGUAGAUACGAGAAUGGUUUUUAUGGAUUAUGAUCCGUGGCCGCAAAGUUUCUCUGUGCUGCGUUCUGAUUCGCAUGAUGAGGCACACGCAACUCCCGAUGAGGACUUCAACGCCUCUGAAGCUGCAGACAAUGAUUCUGAGGGAAACGACUUUGGCUCUCCAGUAGAUGGCGCCGAGAUGGAUGUCGAGUUGAUGGAAGUUGCGGAUCUAACAUACAAAAAAGACAUUACCAUCCACAAAAAGGACCGGCAUCAGGCAAUCUUCAUGAUUCUCAAGGAAAGAGGUCAUGAUGAUGAUCGUUGGUACGAACGGCUUGGCCUUGUCAAGGUGUCGUAUUAUACCGAUGAGAAUUUUGUCACGGCUUUUCGAGAGGCAACCUUGAACCGGACAAAGAAGAAUUGUGUCAUUGUUUAG